AUGACUGCUGCACUUAGGAUGCUUGCUUAUGGAGUAGUAGCUGAUUUUAUGGAUGAAUAUGUGAGAAUAGCAGAAACCACUGCAAUAACCAGUAUGAAAAAAUUUGUUGCAGCAGUGAUUGCUAUUUUUUCAGAGGAAUACUUGAAGUCACCAAACAAUGAAGACAUUGCUAUAUUGUUAGCCCAUGGCCAAAACCGUGGAUUUCCAGGCAUAUUGGCAAAUAUUGAUUGCAUGCAUUGGAAAUGGAAAAAUUGUCCAACUACAUGGAAAGAGAUGUAUUGUGGUCAUAUUCGUGAGCCAAGUAUUAUUUUGGAAGCAAUGGCUUCAUAUGAUCUUUGGAUAUGGCACUUAUUUUUUGGGUUACCUGGGUCAAAUAAUGAUAUUAACGUGUUGGAGCAGUCUCAUGUAUUUUCUGAGUUUGCACAAGGACGUGCUUCUGUAAUUAAUUACUCAAUCAAUGGUCAUGAUUACACAAUGUGA